UAAACAAAUGAAUCGAAGUUGAACUGAAUUGAAUACUAGUACUGCCUGUAGACCUUUUUUGUCGCUAUAUUUGUACUUUCGUUUUAAGCGUUACUGGAUAACCGCCACCUAUCGGCCGCCUUGUGCUCUAGUCACGUAUGUUUUUAAAGCGUUUUAAACAUGUUAAACUUGUGAUGGUUUCUUCGUCAGCUUGGUGUUAAUUUCUAUUGAUACUGUGUAUGAUUUUCUAUAUGCACUCUCUCGGGACAUUAAAUGUAGCUGGUCAGGUAUUACAUGGUCUAUAAAAGAUUUAUAAUAUACUUCCCAUCAAAAUGUUUAAAUUGGUAGACCACGUGAUUAACUCAGGUGUGUGUUUUGGUUUGCCGCACCUGAAGCGGAGAACCCGAGUUUCUCGUGUAAAUACGUAGUAAAUGAUCUCUUAUGCAUUAUUGCUUUUCCUACAGAAGAAAAACAUUUAAUUCCAAAAAUGGAAAGUUUUAAAUAGUUGUAUAUGUAUUAUUCAUAGCCAGUGGACUUAUAAUUGGAGUAUUGUGUAUAAUGCAAGUAAUUUGUUGGUGUUCAAAUUUUACACUCAAUGCAUCAAUGAAACUGGGACAUGGUCGUAUAUUUAGAUUAUUUUUCAAAGAUUACAUUUCUUUGGAUAUCGUUAAAUCUAAGUAUCCCAUUGUGAAUUACUGAAAAGGAAACAAUCGCAAAAAAAAAAAAAAAAAAAAAAACCAACAAAAAACCCCAACCCAAAAACCGAAACUACGCUUUAUAAAUACGAAUAAUAUUAUACCCCAAUUUAAAAGGAAAAUUUCCGGGUUUCUCAGAAUAUUAUUUUUAUCACACUGUCAUGUAAAUACCCGUUUAAUGAAAAGAAAAAUGGAGGGGGACGAUGAAGUGAACGUCGAAGCAGCAGGUGGACAUAAAUUUACGUUCUUCAAAAAAGUGACGGAGCUGGAACAUGGAGUGGAGGUGGACAAGACGUAUCUGAUCUCCGUCGAUCUGUUCGGAAAUAAAGACGACGACUGGGUGGACCGUCUGAACCAUGUCAUUACGUUGGUUUUCAUCGGGGCGUUUACAUUCUAUGUGGCUUUUUUGCAGUUCGUCAAAACAACGCCCCCUAUCGACUGUUGGUGUCCGGCGGAAUUUACCGACACCCACGUGGAGUACGUUCAAAACUACUGCUGGAUUUCUAAUACGUAUUACGUUCCGCCGUUAGAGGCGUUAUCGCAGAACGAAACAAUACGACGGCGUUUUGUUGUGAAGUAUUACCAAUGGGGGCCCGUUGUAUUGUUUUUAAUGGGAUUCAUGUUCAAACUUCCAAAUAUCAUAUGGAGAUUGGCAAACGUCUAUUCCGGAGUUAAUCUGGGGUUUCUUGCACGCAAAGCCUCAGAUUCUCAGGCCAUGGAUUGGGAUGUAGCCAUUGGCAACAUGGCUUAUGACCUUGAUCACUGGCUCCAACUUUAUCGACCUUAUAGUAGAAACAUUUUUGCUAAGAUAAAGAACCUGGUUUGUGCAAAAAGAAGCGGAAGCUACCUCACGGCUCUAUACAUGUUUAUCAAAUGUUUAUAUUGCGUAAAUGUGAUUGGACAAUUUCUUAUCCUAGAUGCAAUUCUGGGACAAAAUUUCUUCCUUUCUUUAGGAGUAGAUUUCUUCAGUCGGCGUUCUUCCGAAAUCAACCAGCUUGGAUUGGUGGAAUUUCCUCGAGUGACCAUGUGUGAUUUUAAUCUAAGACAGAUGUCCAACACUCAGGACUGGACAGUGCAGUGCGUGCUUCCCCUGAACAUGUUCUACGAGGCUAUUUUCUUUUCUCUUUGGUACUGGUAUGCUUUCGUUGCCUUAGUUAACUUUGCCAGUUUGCUUCUUUGGAUUUGGCGAGUUUUAUUCCCGAUCAACAAGAGAGUGUUUAUUGAAAAGUUAUUGGGGAAAAGACAAGAGAGUGACCGAAAGGAUUUCCAACAUUUUGUUUCAAAUUACUUGCGACAUGACGGUGUAUUUGUGAUUCGUAUGGUUCAGAGAAACACAAGUGACGUUUUUGUGUCUUAUUUGUUAAAAAAAUUGUGGGAACGUUUUAACAACAAUAACAAAUAAUUUCAAGUUUUUAAGGAAUUCUUUAAUAUCAUGAUAUCUUGUUGCUACUUGUAUAAUGUAAAUCCGUAUAUGAAAUGUAUUUCACAUAAUUACAUUUACACGUGCUUUUCUCAAUGUAAUUAAAUCCAUAUUUCUUAGAUCCGCGCCGUAUACGGCGCGGAUCUAAGUAGUCUGAUUUUAAUAAGACUUUUAAAACUGUCCGCAUGUUGUUUUACGCCCCAUUCGAGAUUUGUCUUGUGUAGAAACGUCUCCACUUGAGGAGAAGUACCACGAUUUAAGACGUGUAAAGCUGACGAAGUUCUAAAGGAUCUUUUAAUAUUGUCCUAAAAUGACAAUGUAAUAAUGAGGAACAAAUCAACUGUUUUUGUCUUAAUCGUGGGUCCUUUUGUAAAAGCAAGGUUGACAGACUUGAAUCUACGCUAUAUAAGGAUGUUUACAUAUCAAAGUAUUAUUCAUAAGAAAAAGAUACUGUGGAUUUUUACGUAAAUCUUUAAACUCCUAGUGUGACACUGCCCCCUGGUGUCAGCGUGUGAAUAUGACGGUAUCUACACUACACUGUACAUCAAUGUUAUUACGUGUCUUCAGAUUCAACAGUUUAUACAUGUGUUAUUGAGAAAGUUUUUAAAUAUUUUCCUAUGAAAUAACCGAAAAUAUAGAUGCUCAUUGUGUUGGCACAAAUAAAUAAAUAAACUCUC